AAGGACACAUCAAUUCAUCCGCCAUCAAAACUCCUGUAUCGUAACCUUGCGAUAACCGAUCUCUGUGUUGGUAUCAUUGCGGAGCCUCUACAGGUUGCAUAUUCGAUAUCUGUGGUGAACAAAAGAUGGGAUAUUUGCUAUUACGCAUAUUUGAUAACAUAUUUGCUAGGUGUUACUUUGUGUUCAGUGUCCUUGAUAACACUGACUACAAUAAGCGUGGACAGACUUCUCGCUUUGCUACUGGGUCUCAGAUACAGACAAGUUGUAACUUUGAAAAGAACGCGUUUUAUUGCUAUUGGUGGUUGGAUUGUGUCUGUUGUCGGUGCAUCUACAUUAUUUCUGAAUCUUCUUGUUUUUUCAUUGUACCAAUAUAUUGGUGCAGCCUUUUGUUUAGUCACUACAAUCUGUGCCUACACAAAAAUCUUCAUGUCUCUGCGUCAUAACCAAAUUCAUGUUCAGAACCAUGUUGUUCAAGGGCAAUCGAGCCAAGUAAAUACACUGAAUAAAGCUCGAUACAGAAAGGCAGUGUACAGUGCACUGUGGGUGCAGGUAACAUUGGUUAUUUGUUAUCUGCCGUUCCUUAUAGCUGCAGCUUUAACACCUCAAAGGGGGAUGCCGUUAUCUGCUUACCUUGCUUUGCAAUUUACAGUUACUUUAGUGUAUUUAAACUCGUCGUUAAACCCGUUUCUGUACUGCUGGAAGAACAGAGAAGUGAGAAAAGCUGUAAAAGAAACAGUACAACAACUAUACUUCUGUAUCAACUAAGACUUAGACUAAAAACAUUUACUAACGAACUUGAUAGGAAAAUAUAUAUAAGAAAACCAGACAAAUGUCCUAGUCCGAAUUGCACCUUUAAGAUUGUUUUCUGUUUCAAUGCAGAUUGUAAAGACACAAACAAAAUCAUUUGUUUAUGUUAAAAAGUUUAAUAAUCAUAAAAAAAAUGAAAAUGUCACUAAAACUAGUCAGUUAGCUGAUUAGUUCUCUGGCAAUGAAGACUACGAAGUAGGGAGAUACUCUUAAAGAGAACAGCUCACUUGAUCGCAACACCACACACGUACCACACCGACAAACUCUUUUGACUAAUGUUUUUUAAAGCCAGAAGAGAAUCAGAGAGCUUUACUGUUCUGCGGAAUUUACUGGAGAGGUACAUGGCGAACUUAUUUUGAAAAUACACCGCAUAAAUAACAGCUGUUGAUAACCAUAAAAGCCACUAUGUUCAUAGUAUAAUCAUGUUUAAAAAACGUCAUAAGUUCAGUUUGGUAAAACUAAUCAGGCCGCAAACAAAUAUUACUUUUCCGAAUGCUUUUUCAAAAUCGAACAAUGUUUAUUGUGGGAUAAUCAGUGAGGGCCAGUACAUGAUGUAAGUUAAAUUUGAUGGCCAAUAAAUGCACAUUAACAUUGUUUUGUUGCCUAACACAAGUCAUUUUAAUAAAAGCUUGGGAGAAUACAAAGGUUUUUGUUUUUAGAUAUAAUGAAAAGUGAACCUUUAUACUUCUGGUUUGCAGGUGACGUCACUGCGGCCAUCUUGGUGGUUUUCUCUGGGAAGUAACCUCUAUUUUCAUUUAAAUCCUUCGAGAAACCAAUUCUAUUAUAUUGACCCCCAGUAUGGCCGUCUUGUCACGUGGUUGCAAACUAAGAAUAUCCACAUGGUAAUGUGAUAUCAGUGGAGGAGAAGGGGCUGUCAUAAGUCCCCCUCGGGGGAUUGCUCAGAUGACUAACUAUUACCUACUGUUGUUAUUUGCCAUCGUAUCAAUUGUUUUAUCCGAAAUAAGUGUGUUGCGAGGUCGAAUUAUUGUAGGAAUUAGUAGCAAAAGCGAAGUACUUUCUCAGCUAAGAGCUAAAGAAGACUCAUAUACAAUGCUUAAAGAAUGGAACAUCGCCAUGGCCCUAGGGCACGAAACCCCCUCUUUUACAAAAAUAGGCCUUGGGUUCAUAUAACGAUUGAGUACGCCAGCAGCACUGUUAACAUUUCUUCCCUAGGCUAGUUAGUUAAGCCUUCUCUCCCGGGUCUCACUUUCAAAUUCGUUCCUACGGGCCUGCAUGACAACACAGCAUAUCUCAGGAAAAAAAAAGCGGCGAGAAAACUGCUCGGUCAAAAAGUUUGGCUAAGCUUGGUAAUUUUUUUUGCUCGUCACACAAAAACAGGAACACGUUGAUUUGGCCAAUUGAUUGUUUGGUGAAUCAUAAUAAAAACUUAUCUUCUCGGAGAAAUGGUAGUCUUUCGUUGUUUUCACUUUAUUUGUAAUUAAACUUUAAUUUGAAUAAUUAUUAUAGGUAAGUGCAUCAAUCUUAGCCAUCGGUAGCUGUCCGGCAAACUGUGAAAGUUUUACCUCGAAUUACGGAUUGCUUACUAGCCUACGUAAUUCAGUUUACUUCAACAAAGAGAAGAAGAACAACAGUCAACAAGCUGUAAACUAAUCGAACAACAGAUAGAGGUGCUAUGUACAAGUUGUUGUAUAUGGGGAAAGUAUAUAUAUAUAUAUAUAUAUAUAUAUAUAUAUAUAAUAUAUAACUUCACAGAAGUUCAGGUUUCACGAGUAAUCAUCGUUUUAUUGCUACAGGUAAUAUAAUAUAUAUAUAUACUUUUACCUGGAUUUUUGAACUUGGUUUAGCAAAAAAAUCAACUCACUCUACUACUUGGCAAUUUAAAACAAUGAAAAUUCAUUAAAAGGCUGAUUAAAAGCCUUUAUCUGACGCCAGGCAGUAAGGCAGUAGUGGUCCCUAGAAGUAUUUCAACGAGUCACAAUUUUAAUCAUGUCAAGUGAUUUCUGCACCGUUCUUUGAAGUUAGUCGGUUGCAGGCAAUUACCUUCAAGAGGGCAUUCCGGUUUCUUGACCGUAAUUGCCUCAGACAAAACGUGAUUUAUCAAGCGACUGUAACGACUGGGACAACACCAGAAUCAUACAUUGGACUCAGUAGCCACUACCUUCAAAGAACGGUACAGAAAUCACUUGACAUCCCCCACUCGCUGUUCUACGCUCGUUUCCCACACCCCGCAUUGAACUCCACCCUCCUCACUUAGCUUUGGAAAAGAAACACGUUUCACGCGCAAAAAUUCUCAAAGGCAGUCUUAAAAUUGCUCAGUCUCCGCAGUAGUUGCAUUUUGUUCCACAAAAGUUGGCGGAGUUGCUUGACGGCACCUCAGUGCGAACUGUAGAACUAAAAAAAUGCCCUUCAGCAUGACUUCAGGGUGAAUCUGUUAUCAGAGGGUCUACCAAGUUGUGUAGCUCGGCGGCAGUUAUUGCACAAAGUAAAUCUACCUAGAUGUGAAGCUCGGAGGCGCUUUUUCAUUACUGGACUCAAUUCUAUAAUAUAUAUUAUUUACAUUUUAUUACCUUGUUUUUGCAUUAUAUUUCCUCGUUUUUGCUCUGUGUUUAAUAAAACUGCACUGCUUCUCGGCCAAUCCUCAGAUUUAAGAAUUGUUUUUCAAUCAUGCUAUUAUUAUGAUGAAAAACAGGUUACAUUCAAAUAAUUCCGUAAGUUCUGAAACAGUUUCAGUUUCAAUUUACUUAUUUUCUUUUUUUGCCAGAAAAAAAUACAAAUGCAUACAGACAUUCAAUAUAUUACAAAAAUGUCAUUUAAAGAUUAAAGAGACGUAAAUUGUAAAGAAAAGAAUUAAACAAAAAUUUCUGGCGAGGAAGCUCAAAUGGAAACCUUGGGGCUUAUUAUAUGAGCUCCCUCCCUAAACUAAGACUAAACAUAAUUAAUAAAUAAACAGCAAAAUCAUACUGAAAUAUAAUUAGGAUAAAAAGCAAGCAAAACACAACGGACAAAACAGACAAAAAGCAGCAAAAACAAGUAUUAUUUACAAAUGGUUAAUCAACUAAGAAGAAAUGUUUUUAAUCUGGAUUGAAAAAGAGAUAGUAGCAGCAAAAACGACCGUAAAGCAUUUUUUUCUCUUUAAUUCUCAUCUCGUAAGUAUAUGGUACAAACUGACCCAGACAUAAUUUAGCCCAUUUUUUGAACAGGUGUAUAACUGUUAAGACUUCCUGGCUGCGAUGAGACGAUUAGUAGCACAUUAAUAAUUUACUGAGCGCGUCAGUUAAACGUCUGGCAAUUGAUUAAACUUGGCCUUUUUUAAUCAAUUUGAAUCUUUGUUCUACAGAUGUAUCGAUCAAGAAUCGGUUAAUAAACUUUGUAUCACUGAUUUCUUAUUUUUUAUAAGAUAAUGUGUACGUUUGUACAUAUUGUAUAUAGUUCUCCCGAAUUUCUUAUUUGCUUAUACUGUACAUAGUUUUUCUUAAUUUCUUAAUUCUUAUAUUCUGUUUUUUUUUCAUUUUUAAUUAAUUAAUUAAUUAAUUAUUCUUUUUUAACUUGUUUUAGUGUCCCCACUUGGUGGUUAUACACCGCUAUUACAGUUUUGACACUUUAAUAAAGGUAUCAUCAUCAUCAUCAUGACAGUUUAGCUCGUUUUCUAAAACCCAGACAAUUGUGCUAUUUGUUUUACCAACUGCAGGGCAGCAACAAGAUUGCCAAUAACUACGUCGUUUAAUAAAAUAAAAAUACAGCCCACCGCAUAUCUAAUUGGUUUGUGACAUGAUGAAACUAUCACAUAAGGAAAACAGAUAUAUUAAAAAAAGGUUCGCUUGAACGUAGUUGCUUCGGAGAAAAGUCAUGGUAAUGACAAACUACCAAACAAUUAGAGAACUGUAUUGUUCUGCAAAAUUCACUGGAGAGUCGAGGAGAGGUACAUGGCGAGCUAAUUUUUCUCUGAGCCAAAAGAGGACAGCUAAAUAUGAUGGUGAAUGAUGGUGCAAGUUCCAUGUUAGUAUUUUGGGUUCACUAUACUCAAUCGAAAUGAACAUCAAUCACCAUGGCGUUUUUAAUUUUAAAUAUUCUACCUUUCGUAUAACAGAUCCGAAUUAGACGCGCCGGGAGAUGAUGUGAACGGGGAAAAUAAAUUUAAAAAACCAUUUUAAAUGAAGAUAUAAUCUUGACGUAGUGAAAUAGCAAUUUAAGCAAUUGCAAAUAAACCGCCCAAAAUGUAGCCCACACAUUCUGACAUGUUUGGGGAUAAACUCGGUUAAGACUUCCUCUCCUAGCCAAUUUAGUGCUGGUAUCCAUGUGAACGUCAGUCAAAGCUGAAAAAAAACGGCACAAGCAAUUUGAAGAUACAAAAUACAGAAACACUUAAAAGCCCCCCAAGUUUAAUGUAAGCCCCACCAGUAACAGGCUCGCCAAUAUAAGUUCCCCUCUAACUUGUAUUGAAAUGAAUGUGUUAUAUUAUGAUAUUUUGAAGCGUUUACCAGUAACUGCAAAACAUAUUUAAAUCAGCACUGCUUUAGCUUGUUUCGAACAGCUUUUUCCAUUCCCGUUAUAAUCUCCCUCGGAUAUAAGCCCCUCCGUUUAAUCUAUAAGCCCUCCUAAAACCGCUUACAAAGAUGUAUAAUCCCAGGGAUUUUAAGCGGCUGUUUACAGCACCGCAUAUCAUAUGCUCGGCUCACAAACUUAAUACCUCCUUUGGCGAAAUUACUAAAACUGCAUUGCUCUCAGCUAAUCGUCGAAUUCAAUAUAUAUAUUUUUUUCAUGAUUUUGAUUAUGAUAAAAACAGGUUACAUUCUAAUUUCCUAAGCUAGAACGAACGUUUUAUUUUCUUUAAUUCCCAUCUCGUAAAUGCCCCAGACUUUAGAGCCCAUUAUUUGAACAUUUAUACAUUGUUACUGAGACUUCGGUGCCUGCGAUGACCCUGUGAGCGUGCUGCGCGGGUCAUUUUAACUUCUGGCAAUUGACGAAAACCCGUUUUCUACUCAAUUUGAAUAUAUGCUUAACAGAACUAUCGAUCAAGACUUGGUACGGUUAAUAGACCUUCUUAUUACUAACAGUUUAGCUCGUUUUCUAAAAGCCAGGUAAUUGUGCUAUUUGCUCCUUAAUCGCACAGCAAAACAAAGGCAACAGCAAGAUUGUCGAAUUCCGUCGUUUAAUAAACUAAAAAAACAGAACACAUAUUUAAUUGUUUGCUGACAAGGUGUAGCAGUCAUAUAAGGAGAACAGAUAUAUUAAAAAAGAGUUCAGUUGACUGUAGCCGAAUCGCAGAAAAGUCAUGGAAAUGAAAAAUUUUACUGGAGGUGAAGACCUGCAAACAGCUGUAGAAUUCUUCUGCUCUGCAGAAUUUACUGGAGAGGUACAUGGGUAAUGGGUUCAUGAUAACGGUCACGAAUAUAGAGACAUUAGGUGACAACUAAGCCCACUAUGAGAAUGUUGAUGUAAUGGCUGUAGUUACUGUAGUUGGUGUAGUAGCUGUAGUUGGUGUAGUUGCUGUAGUUGGUGUAGUUAAUGUAGUUGCUAAAGUUGCCGUAGUUGAUGUAGUUACUGUAGUUGCUGUAGUUGGUGUAGUAACUGUAGUUGGUGUAGUUAGUGUAGUUGCUGUAGUUGAUGUAGUUGGUGUAGUAGCUGUAGUAGCUGUAAUUGGUGUAGUUGCUGUAGUUAGUGUAGUUGCUGUAGUUAGUGUAGUAGCUGUAGUUGGUGUAGUAGCUGUAGUUAAUGUAAUUGCUGUAGUUACUGUAGUUGGUGUCGUAUCUGUAGUUGGUGUAGUAGCUGUAGUUAGUGUAGUUGGUGUAUUAGCUGUAGUUCCUGUAGUUGUGGUAGCUGCUGUAGUUGGUGUAGUUAGUGUAGUUGCUGUAGUAGCUGUAAUUGGUGUAGUUGCUGUAGUUAGUGUAGUUGCUGUAGUUAGUGUAGUUGGUGUAGUUAGUGUAGUAGCUGUAGUUGGUGUAGUAGCUGUAGUUAAUGUAAUUGGUGUAGUUGCUGUAGUUGGUGUAGUUAAUGUAGUUGGUGUAGUUGCUGUAGUUGAUGUAGUUACUGUAGUUGCUGUAGUUGGUGUAGUAGCUGUAGUUGGUGUAGUAGCUGUAGUUGGUGUAGUUAGUGUAGUUGCUGUAGUUGGUGUAGUUGGUGUAGUAGCUGUAGUAGGUGUAUUUGGUGUAGUUGGUGUAGUUAGUGUAGUUGGUCUAGUUAGUGUAGUUGGUGUAGUUAGUGUAGUUGGUGUAUUAGCUGUAGUUGCUGUAGUUGUGGUAGCUGCUGUAGUUGGUGUAGUUAGUGUAGUUGGUGUAGUUGCUGUAGUUGAUGUAGUUACUGUAGUUGCUGUAGUUGGUGUAGUAGCUGUAGUUGGUGUAGUAGCUGUAGUUGGUGUAGUUGAUGUAGUAGCUGUAGUAGGUGUAGUUGGUGUAGUUGCUGUAGUUAGUGUAGUUGGUCUAGUUAGUGUAGUUGGUGUAGUUAGUGUAGUUGGUGUAGUUGGUGUAGUUAGUGUAGUUGGUGUAGUUGGUGUAGUUAGUGUAGUUAGUGUAGUUGCUGUAGUUGGUGUAGUAGCUGUAGUUGGUGAAGUUAGUGUAGUUGAUGUAGUUAGUGUAGUUGCUGUAGUUGGUGUAGUUGGUGUAGUAGCUGUAGUAGGUGUAGUUGGUGUAGUAGGUGUAGCUGAUGUCGUUGCUGUAGUUAGUGUAGUUGCUGUAGUUAGUGUAGUAGUUGUAGUUUGUGUAGUUGCUGUAGUUGGUGUAGUAGCUGUAGUUGGUGUAGUAGCUGUAGUUGGUGUAGAUGCUGUAGUUAGCGUAGUUGGUGUAGUUAGUGUAGUUGGUGUAGUUAGUGUAGUUGGUGUAGUUGGUGUAGUUAGUGUAGUUAGUGUAGUUGCUGUAGUUGGUGUAGUUAGUGUAGUUGGUGUAGAAGCUGUAGUUGGUGUAGUUGGUGUAGUUAGUGUAGUUGCUGUAGUUAGGGUAGUUGCUGUAGUUGGUGUAGUAGCUGUAGUUGGUGUAGUUAGUGUAGUUGGUGUAGUUAGUGUAGUAGGUGUAGUUGGUGUAGUUGGUGUAGUUGCUGUAGUUAGUGUAGUUGGUGUACUUAGUGUAGUUGGUGUAGUUAGUGUAGUUCGUGUAGUUGGUGUAGUUAGUGUAGUUGGUGUAGUUGGUGUAGUAGCUGUAGUUGGUGUAGUUAGUGUAGUUGCUGUAGUUGGUGUAGUUACUUUAGUUCGUGUAGUAUAUGUAGUUGGUGUAGUAUAUGUACUUGGUGUAGUUAGUGUAGUUGGUAUAGUAUGUUCAUUUGGUGUAGUUAGUGUAGUUGGUGUAGUAAAUAUAGUUGGUGUAGUUAGUGUCGUUGGUGUAGUAUAUGUAGUUGGUGUAGUGUGUGUAGUUGGUGUAGUAUAUGUAGUUGGUGUAGUUAGUGUAGUUUGUCUAGUAUGUGUAGUUGGUGUAGUAUAUGUAGUUGGUGUAGUAUGUUAGUUUGUAGUAUGUAGUUUGUAGUGGUGUUAUGUAGUUAAUAGUUAGUAUAUGUGUGUUAUGUAGUAUAUGUAGUUAAUAGUAUGUGUAGUGUGUAGUUAGUGUAGUUAAUUGUAGUGGUUGUAUAUGAUUGGUGCAGUGUAGUUGGUGUAGUGUAGUUAGUUAAUUUAGUGUGUGUUAAUGUUGGUGUAGUAGUUAUUGUGAAUUCUAGUGUAAUUUGGUGUAGUAUAUAUUGAUGUAGUUAGUUAGUGUAAUUGGUAGCUGUAGUUGUAGUAUAUGUAGUUGGUGUAGUUUGUAUAUUAUGGUUAGUUAUUUGUAGUUAGUGUUAGUUGGUGUAGUAUCUGAUAUAUAGUUGGUGUAGUAGUACGUAGUUGGUGUCGUAGUAUGUGUAGUUGGUGUAGUAUAUGGUGUACUUAAGUUGGCGUAGUAUGUAGCAAUUAGUUAGUGUAGUUAGUGUAGUUAGUGUAGUUGUGUAGUUGUGUGUUAGUGUAGUUCGUGUGCUAUGUAGUUGGUGUAGUUGUGUGUGUGUUGGUGUAGUAUGUGUAGUUGGUGUAGUUUGUGUACUUGGUGUAGUUAGUGUAGUUCGUGUAGUUACUGUAGUUGGUGUAGUAUAUGUAGUUGGUGUAGUUAGUGUAGUUUUUACACAAAACUACUCCACCUACAUCAAACUAAACCAACACUUCACACAACACAACACUUCACCAAACUACACUUACUAAAUUAAACUACACCAAACUACACAAACUACACAAAAGUACACCAAACUACACCAACUUCACCAAACUACACCAACUACACAAAACUACACCAAACUACACCAACUUCAUCAAACUACACCAAGUACACAAAACUACACCAAUUACACAAAACUACACCAAACUACCCCUACUACAACAAACUACACCAACUACCCAAAACUACACCAACCUACGCCAAACUACACCUACUACACCAAAGUACAACAAACUACACCAACUACAGAAAACUGCACCAACCUACAUCAAACUACACCUACUACACUAAACUACACCAAACUACACCAACUACACAAAACUACACCAAACUACACUAACUACACAAAACUACCCCAACUACAGCUACUACAUCAACCACAGCAACUACAGCUACUACACCAACUAAAGCUACUGUAGCAACUACACAUACUACACAUACUACAAGUACUACACCAACUACAACUACUACACCAACUACAGCUACUACAACAACUACAGCUACUACACCAACUAAAGCUACUACACCAAAUACAGCUACUACACUAACUACACCAACUACAGCUACUACAGCAACUACAGCAACUACAUCAACUACAGCAACUACACUAACUACACCAACUACAGCAACUACACCAACUAUAGCAACUACAGAAACUACAGCAACUACAGUAACUACGCGAACUACACUAACUACACCAACUACACCAUCUACAGCUACUACACCAACUACAGCUACUACACCAGCUACAGCAACUACACUAAUUACAUGAACUACACCAACUACAGCAACUACACUAACUACACCAACUUCAGCGAUUACAUUAACUACACCAACUACAGCUACUACACCAACUACAGCAACUACACCAACUACAGCUACUACACUAACUACACCCACUACACUAACUACACCAACUACACUAACUACAGCAACUACACCAGCUACACCUACUACACCAACUACACCUACUACAGCUACUACACCAACUACACCAACUACACCAACUACACUAACUACACCAACUACAGCUACUACAGUAACUACAGCAACUACAGUAACUACACAAACUACACGAACUACACUAACUACACCAACUACACUAGCUACACUAGCUACACCAACUACAGCUCAACUACACCAACUACAGCUACUACACUAACUACGCCAACUACACCAACUACACCAACUACAGCAACUACACCAACUACACCUACUACAGCUACUACACCAACUACACCAACUACAGCAACUACACUAACUACACCAACUACAGCUACUACACCAACUACAGCAACUACAUUAACUACACCAACUACACCAACUACAGCAACUACAGCUACCACACCAACUACAGCUACUACACUAACUACAUUAACUACAACUACUACACCAACUACAGCAACUACACUAACUACACCAACUACACUAACUACACCAACUACAGCUACUACACCAACUACAGCAACUACACCAACUACAGCUACUACACCAACUACAGCUACUACACCAACUACACCUGUAGGCGAAUAUGAACUGUAUUUUAUUCCAAGGAUUGUCAGGCUCGAUUCCUAAAGGUUACAACACUCCGAAGGGUCCAACUUCUAAAGGAUUACACAGGAUUCCACAGAUUCAAUUCACUAAAGGCUCACAGAUCGUCAAGAUGGCUACAAGAACACAACACGUUUUUCGGAUCUCUCCCAGAAGGCCUAGCGCGCUCCUAAACUCUUACGUCAUCGCGCACACUCCCCCCCGUGGACCAUGAAGAAUGGUCCACCUUCUAUACCUAGAAUCAAACAUCGAAAAGAAAUAAUGAUAUAACUCUGUGAAAAUAGUCUCUCUCAAAAAAAAACUGUUCAAUGUUCAGAAUACAUAAAAAAACUUAAUGUUCGUCUUGUAAUUCAGCAAUCCACUGUCUUCUUCUUCGCUCUCCCUCGACUGCAGCUCUACGCCGCUCUCGAUUUCCUCUCGCUCGAUCUUGCGUCGGCUGUUCCGGUGAUUCAAGUACUUGUUCCUGAGGAGCUGCUUCAUUCAUAGAACAGCUUACUUCCAGUGGGUAAACAAUUGUAGCGGUCUCCUUAAGAGUCCACCUCCACUUGAUCCUCUCCCUUGGACUCUGACCUCAGCACCUCUACUCUGCCCAUCCUUGCUCAUCAGAAGCCGUUCCACCUUGCCCAUCUUCCAGUAAGAUCUUGGGUGGGUUUCGUCAUGAACCAAUACCAGAUCUCCGACACACACUACCCUUGAUCCCGCCGUCUUCUUCAAUUGGUUAUGGGCAUUUCGUAAUUCAAGAAGGUAUUCUGCUCUCCAACGCUUCCAAAAAUGAGUCAGAAUCAUAUCAAGGUGUCUUGUUCUUCUGCUCAGGUCGUCCGGCGAAAUUCUAAAAUCUGCAUCUGCAGGACUGUCUAUUUCAGGAAGGGCGCCGAGUCUUCGACCAACAAUGAGGUGGGACGGUAUGAGGGGUUCUUCCAGGUCCUCAGAAGAGACAUAUGAAAUGGGUCGGCAAUUUAAGAUCAUUUCAGCUUCUGUAACAACAGUUACAAGUUCAUAAUAGGAAAGCUUGGCUCGGCCGAUUGUCUUCUUAAGACAUCUCUUCAGUGACUUGACAAGUCGUUCGUAAAAGCCUCCCCACCAUGGGGCUUUCUCUAAGUUGUAGGACCAUUUGAUCUUCUCUUGAGCAAAGUACUUAACAACACUGGGAUCACUUGUAAUCUUCUCAAGCUCCUUAGAAGCACUCUUGAAGGUCUUGGCAUUGUCUGAUACCACUAAAGAAGGCCUUGAACGACGAGCUACAAAUCUUCUGAAGCACCUCAGAAAUGCCUCUGAAGUCAUAUUGGGCACAACCUCGAAGUGGACCGCCCUCGUAGAACAACAAGUAAACAAACAAAUCCAGACCUUACAUUCUUCGUCACUGGUAGACUUCACAAAAAGAGGUCCAACAUAAUCCAAACCGAUGUACGAGAAUACAGGCGCCUCUUUCACUCUGUAGUUAGGCAGGGGUGGAGCUUGUGGAACCUUAUACGGUUUCCCUUCAAACUUCUUACAAACUGUGCAUCUAAACAACAAACUUCUGAUAAAGUAUCGGCCUCGAACAAUCCAAAAGUUCGAUCUCAACUCGGUGAGUGUUUCCUUAACUCCUCCAUGCAUGACUCUUUCGUGACAUCUCCAGACUACAAGUGUAGUUAAGUGGUGGCUAGCGUCAAGCAAGAUUGGAUACUUCGCAGAAUCUGUAAGCUCGCUGUUCCCGAGUCUACCUUGACAUCGAAUAACUCCCUUAUCGUCCUCAAACAACCCUAGCUGGUGCGACCUCAUCUUAAACUUCUCCUUACUCUUCAUCUCUCGUUGUAUUUCCUUGAUCCAUAGAAGUUCGGCUUCUUCUAUGUCUGCACCGGUCACACGUAUCUCCGGCUUCUGAUUCACAUCUCCCUGUCGCUGUGCCUUUAAUAGCUUAAUAAACUUCAGAACUAAGGCUGUAACUCGCAGGAGACGUCCAAGAUUACUGAAGGCUUCACUUUGAAUGAUAUUACACAGCAUAGUAGGUUCACUGUUCAUUGCAAGAGCAGUCGUUACUGUCUUUCGAUCCUUCACCCUCAUUUCUACAAGGCAGGCUUCAGGGACUGGCUCUUCCGCAAUCUCCUUCCGAUUCUCCAGGCCUUCGAAACUAGUCAGCCACUUGGGACCAUUCCACCAUAGCACACUGUUCUCCAACUCACGACAGUCCAUACCUCUAGAGAGUAAGUCGGCUGGGUUGUCAGCCCCUGGACAAUGAUUCCAGCAUUCUUCAGGUACAAGCUUUCUUAUCUCGUCAACACGGUGCUGAACAAAUGGUUUCCACUCCUUCUGGCUCUGAACAAUCCAAUACCAGGCUAUCUUGGAAUCUGUCCAACAAAACAAUUUGUCAAUCUUCAUCUCAGAACUAAGUGCUUCCUUUACGCUAUGGAUCAGUCUGGACAGGACUACCGCGGAUAACAGUUCUAGACGCGGUAUGGUCUGCUCCGAGAGAGGUGCUACUCGUGUUUUUGAAGAUAAAAAUCUGACAUAACUUGCACACGUCGUCACAAUACGCAGAAAGACCACCGCGCCGUAUGCCUUAGCUGAUGCAUCACAGAACCCAUGCAGUUCACUCGCAAUCACUUCCCCUUCCGUGCCAGCAUAAUAACUUCUCGGAAGAGUAAGAGGUUUAACACCCUGCAGUUGUGUCACCAAUCUCUGCCAGAUUGACUUGCAAGAACCUUCCAGUGGUUCGUCCCAGUCUCUCUGGUCCUUGCACAACUCUUGAAACAGGAUUUUAAACUGGACUGUGAUCGGAGAAAUCAGACCGAGUGGAUCAUACAUUUUUGACGCUGUGCUAAUCACGUUUCUCUUAGUAGGUUCUACUCUCUUUGUUAAAGAGGCAGUGUUUGUAAAAUCAAAGACGAGGUUGUCAUUUUGAUAGUUCCAUAGAGUCCCUAAAAUUCUUUGAACGCUAACAUCUUCAACUGCACUUCCUAGAACACUUCUUGAAUAGGUCAUAUCUUCUUCUUCCACGACGUUUGUGUCUACUACUGUUGUUUCAACAGCCUGCUUGUCAACAUUCCCUCCAUCUCCAGAAGCUGUUUCUCCUGAGACCAAUCUCUCAUUGUCCUCAAUUCUCGCUCGCAGUUCUCCUGAAUUUGUGAUAAACUUCCGCAAAUUGAAACCUGCUUCCCUGAGCCUCGAUUUCGAUUUCACAUAGAGCUCAAAGGUGCUGUCCACGUCACUGUCCCCCGAUGUCAAGUCAUCAACAUAGAUACUUUCAAGAAACUUCCUGGUAAAAUCAGGGUCACAUUGUUCAUACUGCUCUAUAUGAUGUUUAAUUGUGGCGUUCAGUAAGAAUGGGCUUGAAGACAGUCCAAACACAACACGUGUAAACCUCAGUGUAAUAACUUUAGGUUCAGCCUUAUCGAUGUCAUCGACCCACAGGAAACGGAGUACAUCCUUGUCAGUUUCAUUCAUAUGGACCAUUAAGAACGCCUUCUCAAUGUCUCCCACCAGAGCUACUCUGUGAUUUCGGAACCUCAACAUAAUGUCGAAGAUACUUUGUGUAAGCGCAGGACCGGCAUGAAGACAAUCAUUUAAUGAAGCUCCACCUGACUUGGCUGAGGCGUCAUAUACAAUUCUUAACUUUGUAGUUGACUUGUCUCGUCUGAUAACAGCGUGAUGAGGGAUGUAAUGGACGACAUCAGGCUUGGUUUCUUCAUUCACAACUUCCACAAUUCCUCUUUCGAUUUGAUCCUUUAUAACACUGUCAUACUCCUUCAGGAUGUCUGGCUUCUCACGGAGUCGACUCAGCAAACCUUGCAAUCUUCGAAGACUCAACUCAUAAUUUUCAGGGAGUGGUGGAUGUGUAGCCUUCCACGGGAGACUGACCUCAUAGUGGUCUCCCUUGUACAACAACUUCUCAACAAACUCUUCAUAGACACUUGGCGGCUUCACACCGAGAGACUCUAAGUCCCAGAACUUCUUCAACUCUCCCUGAAGACCAUCAUAGGACACUUGAUCAGUAGCACAUUUUAAGACAUGGGUUGUCACAAGAUUACUUCUCUGUUGAUUUUCUACACUCCCUAAGCAAACGGGUCCUGAAAGUACCCAUCCCAGUUUGGUGUGAACAGCUGUAGGACCUUGGGCCCCUUUAAUGGUGUGGCCAGUCACCAACUUCCAAUAAUAAUCUGAACCAACUAGAAUGUCAACACCAAGAGUCUCUCCUUCGGUACAAAAGUCAGCAAGUUUGAGUCCCGAAAGGCAGGGGUUAUUUUUCACUGCUAGCUCCACAGGUUGGCCUUGUAAUGGUUGACAAAUCAGAGGCAAUGUAAAAGCUGACAGUGAAAGGUCUGGUUCUCCGUUUAGCUCUACUCCUACUGCCACAACUUCUACCAACUCUAAUCUUUCAACGGUACUUCCAAAAGUUUUUAUUGAGACUUGCUUCUUCUCUAGUAUAGGUAGUCGAAGAAUGUUCUUCAGGUUGUUUGUAAGAUAGGUGCGCUGACUUCCACUGUCCAAGAUUAUUCUAGCCCUGACCUUAACCUCUGGCUGUUGAGGAUUGUACACCACUGCUUGGGCAGUUUGAAGGAACACAGGUGUAGUGGAAUCAGUAUGAAAAACGACACUAUUGCUGGCAGUUUGGGCUGUUAAGCAUUGCUGUUGUGGUCCUGGUGUGGGAACUGGUGUUUCACGUUUCGUUGGCUGUAAAGGACUCAGGUGGGCUGGGCAAAUACUAACAUGGUGUCUGCCCUUGCAGUUAUGACACUUGAAUUUGGCUGAGCAGUUACGACUAAUGUGAUCUUUUCGCAGGCAAACAAAACAUCUCCCGUACUUCUUCAAAAGCUCCUUACGAGCUAGUACAUCAGGUACUGUUUGGCAAUCCCUUGAUGGGUGUUUUCCCUUACAGUAGGUGCAGGUGGGACAGUUAGCAUCACCACCAGUUAACAAGGCAUGUGUAGUUCCUUCUUCCCUUCGUUUCGGUUUUGGUGGAGAGGUUUGUCCUUUGUUCACUGUAGACCCUCUUGCCCUUUCUCUUGCCUCAAGUUCUCUUUUAAAAAUAUUGAGCAAUUGAUCCAACUGCCAAUCAUCAUCUCCAAUUUCUCUUGUAAUAACAAGACGAAAUUCUUGAGGUAGCUUAUUCAUUAAGAUGGAUGAUAGCAAACCCCCAUACGAUUCACGUGAAACUCCUAAUGACUUUAAGCUUCUCACAUUAGAUUCAACAGUGUCGUGCAGCUGACGUAGGCUUCUUACAUGGUAGUGAGAUGUGACAGAUUCAAGAUUCAACAAAAUUUCCAUGUGACGAUUAAUUAUUUGCUGCUUGUUGCCAAAUCUAGCUUUCAAAAUGUCUAUUGCUUCCUCAUAGUUCGAUGCCCCAAGACUUAACCCGGAAAUGGCCUCUGCCGCUGACCGUUCGAGCAACGAGUUUAGGUAGUUAAAUUUGUCAAUGGCAGUUAAACUCUCAUUUUUAUGAACUGAGGCUUCAAAACUAUCCCAGAAAGAAAUCCACUUACUGUGAUCGCCGUCGAACUUCUUUAACUCCAGCUUUGGCAAUUUAACUUGAGUAUUUCUCCGCACAGAUGAAGAGGAAUUCGACGUUGAAGCUGAAGGAGGCGAAGAAUUACUCCCGAUUUGAACUUCAUUUGCUGACGUGCUUUCCGACACGUUCGCUUCGGUAUUUACAUUUGAACACACGACCUUCGGCGACAAGGCAUUUUCUAUGUUAGCAAUAGCCAACUGAACAUUUUCCUCCAGCAAAUCUGCUCGUUCAAUUUCACCUUCGAUUUCUUCUUCGGCCACAAGGUCAAGAAUUUCUGCAUCAAGUUGCCGAAGAGUAUUGAGUUUCUGCUGUAGGCUGUCCCUUUGUUGUUUCAGCUUGAUUUCGUGUUCCCGCACUUGAGAAAUGUCUCCUCCUCCAAGGACAUCAAUAACGGAUGAAAUAAUACGUUUCGCACUUGACCUGUGCCCUGCACGCUGCCGUCGCUUUCUGGCGAGUUCUUCGGCCAUAACACAACACAACUUCACUCGCAACUGGUACGUAGCAUCCGCUUUUAUCCGGCUAACGAUGGACCAUCUAGGCGAAUAUGAACUGUAUUUUAUUCCAAGGAUUGUCAGGCUCGAUUCCUAAAGGUUACAACACUCCGAAGGGUCCAACUUCUAAAGGAUUACGCAGGAUUCCACAGAUUCAAUUCACUAAAGGCUCACAGAUCGUCAAGAUGGUUACAAGAACACAACAAGUUUUUCGGAUCUCUCCCAGAAGGCCUAGCGCGCUCCUAAACUCUUACGUCAUCGCGCACAACACCAACUACACUAACUACACCAACUAUAGCAACUACAGCAACUACACUAACUACAGCUACUACACCAACUACAGCUACUACACCAACUACAGCUACUACACCAACUACACCAACUACACCAACUACACCAACUACAGCAACUACACCAACUACAGCAAGUACAGCUACUACACCAACUACAGCAACUACACUAACUACACCAACUUCACCAACUACAGCUACUACACCAACUACACUAACUACACCAACUACAGCUACUACACUAACUACACCAACUACACUAACUACACCAACUACAAUAACUACAGCAACUACACCAACUACAGCUACUACACCAACUACAGCGACUACACUAACUACAGCAACUACACUAACUACACCAACUACACUAACUACACCAACUACAGCAACUACACCAACUACACCAACUACACUAACUACACCAACUACAGCAACUACACUAACUACACCAACUACACCAACUACACUAACUACACCAACUACACUAACUACACCAACUACACUAACUACAGCAACUACACCAACUACAGCUACUACACUAACUACACCAACUACACUAACUACACCAACUACAUUAACUACAGCAACUACACCUACUACAGCUACUACACCAACUACACCAACUACACUAACUACACCAACUACAGCUACUACACCAACUACAGCUACUACACCAACUACAGCAACUACAGUAACUACAUCAACUACAGCAACUACACCAACUACAUUAACUACACCAACUACACCAACUACAGCAACUACAGCUACUACACCAACUACACUAACAACACCAACUACAGCUACUACACCAACUACAGCUACUACACUAACUACAGUAACUACAGCAAUUACAUCAACUACAGCUACUACACCAACUACAGCUACUACACCAACUACCCUAACUACAGCAACUACACUAACUACAGCUACUACACCAACUACACCUACUACAGCUACUACACCAACUACAGUAACUACAGCAAUUACAUCAAUAUUCUCAUUGUGGGCUUAGUGGUCACUUAAUGUCUCUAUAUUCGUGACGGUUAUCAUGAACCCAUUACCGGUACAUGGCGAGCUCAUUUUUCUCUCUGUCGUUAACACUUGUUUGUCCAUUACAGCAUUUUUAGGGAACGCUCUGAUCCUAGUUGCCCUACACAAGGACACAUCAAUUCAUCCGCCGUCCAAACUCCUGUAUCGUAACCUAGCGAUAACUGAUCUUUGUGUUGGUAUCAUGGGGGAGCCUCUGUAUGUUGCUUGUAUGAUGUCUGUGGUGAACAAAAGAUGGGCUAUAUGCUAUUACGCAUGUUUGGCAGUAUAUUUCGCAGGUGUUACUUUGUGUGGAGUGUCGUUGAUAACACUGACUGCAAUAAGCGUGGACAGACUUCUCGCUUUGCUACUGGGUCUCAGAUACAGACAAGUUAUAACUUUGAAAAGAACAUGUUUAAUUGCUAUUGGUGGUUGGAUUGUGUCCAUUGUCGGUGCAUCUAUCUCCUUUCUUAAUCUUCGUAUAUUUUCAUUGUACCAAUAUAUUGCUACAGCUUUUUGUUUAGUUACUGCAAUCUGUGCCUACAUAAAAAUUUUCAUGUCUCUGCGUCAUAACCAAAUUCAUGGUCAGAACCAUGUUGUUCAAGGACAAUCGAGCCAAGCAAAUACACUGAAUAUAGCUCGAUACAGAAAGGCAGUAUACAGUGCACUGUGGGUGCAGGUAACAUUGGUUAUUUGUUAUCUGCCGUACAGUAUAGCUGUAGCUUUCAGAACACGUCAAGGGGGGAUGCUUAUAUCUACUUACCUUGCUAGGGAAUUUACAGUUACUUUAUUGUAUUUAAACUCGUCGUUAAACCCCUUGCUGUACUGCUGGAAGAUCACAGAAGUGAGACAAGCUGUAAAAGAAACAUUACAACUACACUUCCGUAUCAACUAA